UAUAAUACUUAUAGAAACAAACUCGCAUUUUGUUUCGGACCGAAAAUAAGUUAGCCGGAUUUCCAAAGCAUUAAUAAACAUUACUGUACUAUCGGAAUGCCAAGUCCUAAUAGACCAUUUCGGAGAUGAGCGUAUUCGCAUGCAUAAUACUUCUAUGCUCCCAGGUCAGGAAAAUUUGCGCAGCGAUACGCGUCUUUAUAUUUUUCAAUCAACGGCGUAGUGGAGAAGCACCGGAUGUGACUAGUAGCCAAUCAGAGCGUAAGGAUAAGAAGAAUAAAGAGUUUGAAUCAGGAAAGUUUGAAUACUUACAACGGUCGUUUCGCGUCGCCGAUAAUCACUUGUUUCUCUUAUUGUUGAUACAAUGCGCGUUUAUUUUUCGGCAGAUUUUUUAUCGCUCAAAUAGCAGUGUGAUUGGUGUUUUUUACGAUUGAAUAAUUAGCCUCGUGCACUUGCAUGGUUAGCUUGUCCUUCUCAAGUCAUGAUGUGGAGGAGGGAAAAACAGAGACACCGAUAGAGUGAGAGCGUGAUAUUGAGUGAGGUUAUGUUCGCUAUUCCAGAGACCUCGAGGUACGUAAAUAUAUUUGGCGGGAAAACAGAGUGCAGUCGGUCAGAGUUCAGACAACAAGAUGGUGUUGAAGGAUGCUUUGAAGGAGCAUUUCGCUGUCUUCGGAGUCGUCGUUAACGACGAGGCGACUCUCAAUAAAUGUCUUGAUCUCUGCGAUUUGUACAAUUUAAACGAAGAAGCGCUGGUGGAAACAUGGAUGGCAUUCAGCGUGUCACAGUGCCGAGGCGACAACCCAACUGUGGAGUAUUUACUGCGGAUGGAAAGAAACGAGUUGAAGAAAGACACGGGCUCCGCUGGUAAUUCAAAGGCUGAUGCCAAACUGUCGAAACUCGCCGUGUAUAACUCUCACUCAAUGAAACAGUACAAUGAUGACGAAGAUAUUCUGGAGCUCUACGGUGCGAAAACCCCAACGACGCCAAGAGUAAAACGAUUGCGCAGCCCCGAGGGGGAGCAGGAUAACUCCGAGGUCAAGGUCCGGGCGGUGGACAGUCCGUUUACGCCGUCGAGUUUCUCCCCAAAAGUAACGACGCCAAGCAGACAUGCCUCGACACCAUCAGCCAAUCGAGGGAAGAUAUUGUUGAAAUUUGGCUCGGAUCCUGAGAGCUGGAAGACCGACGAGAACAGCAGACGCAAAGUAAAGGUGAAGAGGAGCGAGGACCAGCCACACGUGCCUUCGAAAGCCUUGUACAUGUACGAAAAGCUCCUCAGUAAAGCUGAGGCUUUGGACAUUGUCGGCGAGGAACUCGGAUCCGCGAUGUGCAAGACCGUCAACAACAUUGAUAAAGUUGAAAUCGAACCGGUUGGCGUUUACUCGAGGAGUCAGUAUCAGAUACAGAGCUACGGUAGAAUUUGCUGCGACUCCGAGGGGAAGUUGAACACCGCUUCGAUCAUGCUUGAGGGAACCAAGCACCUGUCUUCCGGGGUCAGGGUCAAAUUGGAUCUUGGAAAGCUGGAUCAGUACUCCGUAUUUCCGGGGCAAAUCGUGUCUGUAAAGGGUGUGAAUCCAACUGGGCAUACACUCGUUGUAAAGAACUUAUUUUUCGAAUCGCCUGCGCCACCUUCAGCGUCCCCAAAACUGGCUGGCAGUGAUCUUCGGAUAGUCGUUGCCGCAGGCCCGUUCACUCAGUCGGAUAAUCUCGCCUAUGAACCUCUCCUAGAGCUGAUUGAUUAUGUCAGUGAAAAUCAACCCCAUGUUCUCAUACUAGUCGGACCCUUCGUCGAGUUCAGUCACACGGAGAUACAAAAAUGCGAGAUGGCGCUAACUUUCGAUGACUUUUUCGAACAGUGCGUUGGAAAUAUCAUGCGCAAACUGAAAGACACGUGUACUCAGGUGAUCUUGGUGUCGUCUAACCGCGAUGUUCACCACGAGCCGAUCUUCCCUACACCGGAAUUCAGGCUCAAGCAUACAUAUCCGAAUCUGCAUUUGAUGCCAGACCCUUGCAUGAUCGAUAUUGAGGGUGUAAUAAUCGGAAGCACUUCGGUAGACUCUCUGAUGCAUUUGGGACGCGAGGAAAUCAGCUUCAACUCCACGAGGUUCGACAGACUGACGCGUCUGGCGACUCAUCUUCUGGCCCAGAAGUGCUUUUAUCCGUUGGUGCCGCCUUCCGAAGAGGUCAACGUUGACACGGACCUGUGGGAGAAAUACGCGUUCAUGCAUCAACAGCCCCACAUUUUGAUUCUACCGUCCAGCUUGCGAUACUUUUGCAACAAAAUAUACGACUGCGUCGCCAUGAACCCCGAAAGAUUGGUCAAAGGCUCUUUUGCAAGGCUUAGGGUGACCGUCCCGCCGAAAGAUACCGACUCCUGGAAACCCAGUGAAAACGUGGCUGUACAUAUCCUCAAAAUUUAAGAUAGUAGCGUUAGUUUGAUACUCCACCGAUGCUCCAUACUUUUGUCGGCCAUAUUUGAAACCAGGUGAAAGUGUGGUGGCUGCACUAGAAUCGAGUACCACGUCGAAUACACGGGGUGAGAGAGAGAGAGAGCGCGGUGGUUGCUUUUGCGUCCUUGAAAAAGUUUACGUACGUGCGUGUCCGGGGUUACGUCGAGUGUUAAAUUCCUGUCGAGACAUGUGCCGUCAGAGUUGAAACCCCAUUGUUUAUUAAUAUAUUGUUUAUUUUCUUUUUUGUUAUUGCUUCGCAAGCUUUCGCGCCUCCGUAAUCCGCUGAACAGUCAGACAAACACGUUAUACAAACAGUGUUCCUAAAGUUUGUCUGUCCGUCGUGCGGUGUGAGCGGCCUGAACUUCUACCAUUAAGUUCUUUGUGAGGUUUUCCAAUUCUGCCGUCAGAUGCCGACACGAGUGGCUAGCGAACGAACGCCAUUUUCCACUGGUUCCAGAAGCUCUCACGUAGACCGUGGAACAAACUCUCCGUCCAGCUGCAUGAGAGUUUCUCGCAUCUCCGCUAGUCUGUGAAUGCGUCGCGGUAGCUUUUCGGAGAGGAAAAGCAGAUUCGCGUCUUUGUUUUCCCCGAUAUUCCGCGAGAGGGGUUUUCUAGCGCGUCGUGCUGCCACCUCGACUCAAGUCCGUGUCACAUCACAGAUCGCGUGUUCCGUCCUUACUCCGCGAGACGCCAACGCCAGUUCGGCAUAUUAAUAAACAAACGCGAAAACGUCCCAUCCUCGUCAUCCUCGACGUUGUCAACGCUCCACGGCCUCCGGACAGAUAUCAACGAUACCUCAACCGCCGAAUAGGAGGACUGCACACAUGACGAG